GUCGUCGGUAGACGGCAGGCCGUGGGCGCCGCGCCGCAUUCACAUUGCCACCCCGGCUCUACCAACAAACAUUGUAGCACGCAAAGCAAAGUGACGCACCAGUCCUAUUCAUCUUCAGAAUUGGAAUGAACUGGCGGGGUGGGGUCAGGGACGGGGCUGGGCUGCUGGGGGCGGGGGCGGUGGCUUUCCGGAGGCACGGGCCCCAGCGGCAGUGGACCAAGUACCUGACCGGCCUGCGUCAGUCGCUAGACACCUACCUCACCGGCGCCCAGGCGGCGCAGUGGGCGGCGGCGCGGGACCGCAAGGAGGCUGUGGGCGCCGCUUUCAAGGCAGAUGAACAGAUCGACUACGCCUCCGGUGACGUGGUGCACCUGUACGGGCUGUACGACGCCCUGCACCUGGUGUCACGUGACACCUGGCGGCGGGUGCUGCAGUUCAGCCAGAACCGGGUGAACGACAGCUGCAAGCCGCUGCAUCUGUCGGUGGGCGGUCAGCUGCAGGGCAGGGAGCGGGCCCUGGCACCGAAGGGGCUGUGAGCUAGCGCAGCAGUGAGAUAGCAUGAAUACCGCAUGGUAUGUGUGACAGGUGCUGCAGCCCACUGCAGCAGGCAAGCACGGAUGCAAGCUCUUUUAGAAAGAUGCUGCUGUGCAGUGGAAUGCAGGCGGGUAUGACACUUCGUGGCCUCGGUCAUGUACGGGUAGUGUAGAUUAUCACAGAUUGCGGCUUUGGUCGUGUAUAUAUUGGUAUUUAUCACAGAUUGUGGUCUCGGUAAUGUAUUGGUAUUAUCACAGCUUGUGGUCUCGGUCAUGUAUUGGGUAGUGUAAGUUAUCACAUAU